UUAAUGAAUCGGUUAGUGCUGCGAACAGUUUAUCUGAAAUAGACGGAGAAGAAAGAAAGCUCCUCUCUGUCGCCGUGGGAAAACAAACAAUCUCAUUUCUUCUUCGCCUCCAUGAAUCUCCUCAAAACGAUUCAUCAUCACCAGUCCACAAUCACUCGAUUUUACCGUUUCGCCACUACACAAUCCUUGGCUUCCGCUUCUCUGUUGUCACUCUCUCUGCAAAGACCCAGAAUCUCUCUCGUUUCCACCUCCAACCGAAGCUGCUUCGCACUCUCGAGCGUCUCCAGAGCUUCGUUUUCAGGUAAUCGAGAGGAUGGGAAGAAAGAAGAAGCUGAGGAGGGAGAUGAAUUGGUUUAUCAGAAGACGCUGAGACUGGUGGAAUGCGCCAUGUUCGCUGCCGUCACCGGGCUCGUUUACUUUCUCAGCAACUCCCUCGCCAUUGAGAACUACUUUGGGUGUUUUUUCGCAUUGCCAAUAGUGAUAUCCUCGAUAAGAUGGAACAUUUCAGGCGGUAGGAAGACAAUGGUCGCUACUCUCAUGCUCUUGUUCAUAUUAUCAGGUCCAGUCAAAGCAUUGACUUACUUUCUUAUGCAUGGUCUUCUGGGGCUUGCAAUUGGUUCAUUGUGGAGGAUGAAGGCAAGCUGGCGUCUCUCCAUUUUCUUGUGCACAAUGGUCCGAGCAUUGGGUCUCAUAGGAUAUGUUCUGACAUCAUCCUUCUUAAUAAGAGAAAACAUUCUUGCUGUGAUCACAAUUAACAUCCACGCCUCUCUCUCCUAUGUUUUCACCGCCAUGGGCCUCAACAUAAUGCCUUCCAUGAGCCUCAUCUAUAUGAUAUUUGGAACAGUGCUGUUGCUUAACAGUGGAUUCUUUGUGCUGUUGCUGCAUAUCCUCUACUCAAUCUUCCUCACAAGACUUGGAAUGAAAUCUUCCUUGAGGUUACCAGCUUGGUUAGACAAAGCAAUAUGAUGAUGGUGUUCACAAAAUCUCUUGGUCUCUUUUGGUGAUAGAUUUUUGUGUAGAGCAAUUCUGGUGGAGCAUACAUUUGUAAAAACUUUUGUAGGGCUGACAUACAAAUCCAAACCCAAGACAAAAAUUUGUUUAUAAUCUGAUCAGUACUGUAAUUUU